AGAUGUAUGACCACCCCCUCUCGCCUACUCCCAAGCAUCGGGUUACAGGGUCCCCGGGAGCCCCCCACCUACAUUCUGUCGCCCCACACGGGUGGACCCCCCCAGCCCUUCACCUCAGAUUCCCAACGCCCCCAGGCCUCCAUCGCCGCCCACGCCCGGGUCCUGCAGCGGCGUAGGGCAGCGGAGCAACAGUGAUAUAGGUAUAAAUAUUAAGCCGUGACAUUGACGUACCCGGCGCCUCCCCUCCCCCUCGCUCCCGGCACACUCUGGGCUGCUCGGCACGCCCCCUCCGUUCCUCUGAGCCCCGCGCCCUGAGCCCCGCGCAUCCCCGAGGGGCCCCUGCAACCUCUCGGCGAACACCGCUCGAGCCCUGCAGGGAAAGCAAAGUGCAGAGAUUGUGGGCUGAGACGCGCUCCGGCAGAGACUAUGUAAUCGCUUUGGGGAGGGAAGAGGAGGGAUCGGCUCUCUCCUCCGGCGGCAGCGGCGCGGCGACUCGGCUAGGCGGAGUUUCGCGGCGGCUGCACCGGGGUUGCGCCAGCCGGCGGGGAGGUCGCUCCAUCCAGCCCGGCGGCCGCGAGUGCGAGCUCUGGGAGCCCCGGAGGAGGUAGCCAGCCAGCCAGAGCGCACUCUCGUCCCAGCAGCAUGGAGAAGGACGGCCUGAGCCGCGCGGACCAGCAGUACGAAUGCGUGGCGGAGAUCGGCGAGGGCGCCUACGGGAAGGUGUUCAAGGCCCGCGACCUCAAGAACGGAGGCCGGUUCGUGGCACUGAAGCGCGUGCGGGUGCAGACGGGUGAGGAGGGCAUGCCGCUCUCCACCAUCCGCGAGGUGGCGGUACUGAGGCACCUGGAGACCUUCGAGCACCCCAACGUGGUCAGGUUGUUUGAUGUAUGCACAGUGUCACGAACAGACAGAGAAACUAAACUUACACUAGUGUUUGAGCAUGUUGAUCAAGACUUGACCACUUACUUGGAUAAAGUUCCAGAGCCUGGAGUGCCCACAGAAACCAUAAAGGAUAUGAUGUUUCAGCUUCUCCGAGGUCUGGAUUUUCUUCAUUCUCACAGAGUAGUUCAUCGUGAUCUAAAACCACAGAACAUUCUGGUGACCAGCAGUGGACAAAUAAAACUGGCUGACUUUGGCCUUGCCCGCAUCUAUAGUUUUCAGAUGGCCCUUACCUCAGUGGUCGUCACACUGUGGUACCGAGCUCCAGAAGUCUUGCUCCAGUCCAGCUACGCCACCCCUGUGGACCUCUGGAGUGUUGGCUGCAUAUUUGCAGAAAUGUUUCGCAGAAAGCCUCUUUUUCGUGGAAGUUCAGAUGUGGAUCAACUAGGAAAAAUCCUGGACGUAAUUGGACUUCCAGGGGAAGAAGACUGGCCUAGAGAUGUGGCCCUUCCCAGGCAGGCUUUCCAUUCCAAAUCUGCCCAACCCAUUGAGAAGUUCGUGACGGACAUCGACGAACUAGGCAAAGACCUACUUCUGAAAUGCUUGACAUUUAAUCCAGCCAAGAGAAUAUCUGCCUAUGGUGCCCUGAAUCACCCAUACUUCCAAGACCUGGAGAGAUGCAAGGAAAGCCUAGAUUCCCACCUGCCAUCCAGCCAAAACACCUCGGAGCUGAACACCGCCUGAGGUCCCCAGAGCUGCCAUGAGCUGGUCAUCUGGAGAACACCUUGGUGGCUGACGGGUCCCCCUGAGCAAGCCCUGCAGAGCAUGUGGACGGCUGGCUGCAGGCCUUCCAACUACCGGCUUCUGGAUGGGCUCUGCUUCACCAAGGAAACCGCCUAGUUUACUGUUCUGAAAUCAAUGCAAGAGUGAUUGCAGCUUUAUGUUUGUUCACUUGUCUGUUUGUCUGUUUGUUUCAAGAACCUGGAACACUUCCAGAAGAAGAGAAGCUGCUGACCAAUUGUGCUGCCAUUUCAUUUUUCUAACCUUGAAUGCUGCCAGUGUUGGGUGGGUAAUCCAGGCCCAGCUGAGUAAUGACGUAAUCUGUCCGCAGCUGCUGGGCCUGCUUUGGUACUUGUGUGUAUGUAUGUGUGUGAGAGAUCUCUGAUCUCCUAAAGUGUUACUUUUGUAGGCAACAAGAAUAAUUGAAUUUUAAAGACUCAAAGUGACCUAUAGUAAUAGGCACUCGUUCACUGAAGGUGAUUCACUAGCAUAGUCUUCUCCAAUUAGAAAGUUGAACCUAAGUCCUCAGCAUUUCCUUUCUGUCCAAAAGUUUUUUUGCUCACAGUAAAAGAUAAAGUUAUAGACACAACAAAAAGGAAAAAAAAAAAAACCUAGUAUCUUUUAAAAAACCUAUUUGGUUUGGUUUGGUUGGUUAGUCUGUUUUUUUUUUUUUUUAAGUAUGCAAUUCUAUUUACUCUUUGAAAAGCUGAAUUUACUCACCCUGAGUCUUAUAUAGUAUACUUUAUUCUUUUGGAAAAUACCCUGUAAGCUUUUUUAUUACUUACAAUAGUUUUAGGAAGUGUACCUCAAAUAGGUUAAAAAAGUAGAGAAUGCCUGUGUUUUCUGGUUUGAAAUGUUGUUAUCUCUGCAUUUUUUGGUUGUUAUUUUAUUCUUUGUUUUUAGGAAUUUGCUUCCUGCUUUGGUCUGAAGCAUGGUUCUCACUCGAGACAGGAAUGCCAUUUACGUUUUCUCCACCUGCUCCACUGUACUUUCUACCGCGCACUACCUUGUUCUGCCAUGUUUAUGAAGUGGCCUCCUUCUCCAUCUCCAGCACCGCUAACAUAUUACCUAACUCAUGACAGGUUGCUAAAGCUGUCCACACACCACCUGCUUGCUUAUUUACUGUCUCCCAAUGAAUGUUGGCAGAUACUCAGCUUCAGUUAUAGUUGAUGGCUCCAGCUCUGCAACCCUAACAGGAUCCCAUAAGUUCUUCUAAUGUAGUCUUCCCUGAUGUCAUCACUGACGUCACUUUGCCAGUGAGUAGGAUACGUGUUCUGCCUGUCACCAGCAUAUAGAUUACUAUCAACUGUUUUUUAGUGUUUGACAUUUUGUAGCAUAUAUUGUCAUUAUAAUAGCUGAGGGAUUGUCUUUCUUUUCCUCUUUUUUAGAAAUACUCUCUGAGGGAAUGUCUUUCUUUUCCUCUUUUAGAGAUACCUAUUUACCCUCUAAAAUGAUCUCGCUCUCCUUCCCCAGGCUGUGCUUUUUCUAGUGCCUUGUGCUCAGCCCUGCUUUGUGCAGAGCCACAUGACCUUGGGCACUGAACACAACUGUACCCUCGUGUUGUUGUUUUCUCUUCAGUCCUUUAUAUUCUAUGCCACCUCUGCCUUAUACCCAUGUUAGUGCUGAGCUGGCACUAGCUGCCAAAAGACAAAGUAUCUUUUGGGAAGUUUAGCUGUACUUUUGAAUCAUGUUUUGAGUGCAUGGACAUAAAAGCUAGAUCAUAUUUAGACUUAGAGCUUUCAAAGAAUGGUCAUUGUUUCACAUAGUAGUAAAGAUUUCAAGUGAUGUUUGUGAAUUAUUGAGCCUUACUGAAUUCUUCAUAGUUUAAUAGUGUGAUUAUUUUGAAUAGAGAAUAAUUAGAUGGUCUCUUCUUGAGAACUUUUGGGUUGGGGAACUAUUCUUUUUUUAAUAUAUAUUAACAUUCUUCUGAUUAGUAGCUUGAGGAACAGGAUUUUCUUUUUUUCUUUCUUUCUUUUUAAAGUAAGAUAAAAAAGAAGCUGGGCCACCACAAGAAUGUGUAUGCUUCACUGACAGUCCUAGAGAAGUGUUGUCAGCACAGUAACUGCCUGAGCUAGAAUGAAUCCAGAGUAUCAGGACACAGUCUGCUCAGAUCUCACCUGGACGGUGAGUUUUCUGCCUUGCCUUUGAUCAAGGUUCAAAACAGAUAUUUACUGGGCCUGGAAAUCAGAUUUUAAAAUUCACUACACCAGUUCAUCAUGACCUUUAUGAUUAGCAUUCAUGUAAUAAAGUGAGCAUAACUUUGAGUAUUUUGCUUUUGCAAUAAAGUUUUUCUGUAACUUUGCUUAAGAAAAAUACAGCUGUUCUAAACUGGAAUUUUUUGGCAUUCUUUAGAAUUUUUAAGUACAAAGUUCAACUUAAUUUUUGUCAUCUGCUUUGGGCUUAUUUCUAAGUAAUAUCUGUAAAGAAAAUUGAAAGCACAAAUAUUUUAGUAUUAGAGACUUGGCGUGCUGUAUCCUUCCAUGGCACAGAAUGAAAGGGCGCUGGCUUCUUUAAACUUCACAAGUCUCUCCCCCAGUUCUGUGCUUGUACAGUUGCUGCACAUGAGCAGUUCUCUCUGGAUGGAUGUCUUUGCACCCAGGCUCACCACUUCUGAAACCUGGUUCCCACACAAGAAGCCUUGCUAUUAUUCAGGCCCUCAGUAGCAUGUGGAAACAUGGCAGAAUAAGAGCUUAGUGAAUAUGACUUAGCCUUCGGUGGCAUAUGCUUUCCCACAUCUUUUUCAAAGGCUAAUCAAAAAAGCUAUGCUGCUCCAGGAUUCUACUGGAAUAGCUUAUAGCAAGGAAAAAUACCAAGACAGAUGUGAACUAGCAGGACUGGUGCUAGAUGCCUGAUUAUUUCAUUUGGAGCUUCAGUGCUGGAGCCAAGACCUGAGGAUUGUUGUGCAGGGUGGCAAAGUUGUGACAGUGUCUGAAAAAAAAAAAGAAAAAAGAAAGAAAGAAAGAGAAAGAAAGAAAGAAAGAAAGAAAGAAAGAAAGAAAAAAGAAAAAAGAAAGAAAGAAAGAGAAAGAAAGAAAGAAAGAAAGAAAGAAAGAAAGAAAGAAAGAAAGAAAGAAAGAAAGAAAGAAAGAAAGAAAGAAAAAGAGGGGGUAAUUAUAAACUUGUCCACUUAGUCCUCAUAAGCUGAUACGUGGCAAGGAGUCAUAACCCUUAGCAACACAGUUCCUGAGAGCUUGUAAGAACCCAGUGGGCUGGAGCCUCCCACUUUGUCCCUCUUGAAGAGGAUGGGAAUUCAAGAAGCAGAGAAACUGUUUGGAUUGGCUUGUGGCCAUUUCAGCCCCUGACUCUCACUGCUUUCUCUCAGGUCCCACUCACUGAAUGGUAGACUUGAAUUUAGCCCCAGGUGAUUUACUAAAAAUAGCCCAAAAUUACUUAUCUAAAAAUAGAAUCUCAGCACAUUCUUUUUAAGAAAAAAUGAAAAUACCAGGAUGCACUCGAUGUUACCAUCUUAAAGACAUUGUGUUUAAUACAAAGGUGUACAGUUUAGCACUAGAAUGGAGUGCUAGCCAUCUUGUUGAGAAAGUAAUACCCAAAUUUUGAACUUUAAAUUAUGUAUUUAACUUGUUGUUUUUUUUUUAAGUUACAUAGCUGCUUCUUUUUAAAAUGCUGCCUAUUAAAGUCAAUUCUGGCAAUUUUCAUUCCACUAUAGAAAUUAAAUCAUGUAAACAUUAAUUUCAUACAUGUACUAAAAUUCUUCUGUCCGAAGAAUUGCUCUUCUUUUAAGUAGGAACCUGACUCUUUUUUCUUUUUUUUUUUUUUUUUGGUCUUUUUGAGGCAGGGGUCUCCCUGUAGCCCCAGCUGUCCUGGAACUCACUAUGUAGACCAGGCUGGCCUUGAACUCACAGAAAUCCACCUGCCUCUGCCUCCCAAGUGCUAGGACUACAGGCGUGCGCCACCACGCCCGGCUGGAACCUAUUUUUAUGAUAAGCACUUGAGUGUCUCACAUUUUAUUUCCAAAAGCACAGUUUUAUUGCAUACUUGGGUCUAGGACAGAAUAAUGUUAAAAGUCAGUAUAUCACCAUAAUGACUAGUGUUAGCACAUCCUGAUAAGACCUCAAAAGAAUGCGUGUUUUACAUUGUGACAUAAAAGUAUUUUAUAAUUUCUAAAUCUAAAAAAAUUAUUUAUAAAACAGCAGAAAAUUGACACAGGACAUUGUGGAGAAAAUAGAAGAUAUUCAAAAUAAUUUGAGAGUUAUGUGUAUUUUUGAAUGAUACACUUGCCUUUAAGUGUAUUUUAAGAACUUAAAUUAGAGUCACCUGCAACUAUGGACUUGGUAUGUUAGGAAGCAAGUUUUAUGGAGAAGUAAUAGAGUUGUCUGUAUUCCUGCCUCGUUUCGUAGGAAGAGAGGUGCCACCUGAAGUUCCACUUUACUGCACAUGCUAUGAAUAUUCAUCAUAAAAAUAAAUUUUUAAGAGGUAAAUGCCUCCUAUGCCAGUGAGAUUUUUGAAAAAUUAUAAGCCUUACCCAGAAAUCUUUCAUCAUGUGCAUACUUACAUCCAAGAACAUAGUUAGGAAGAUAUUUACACAUUCAUUCUCCACAAUGGGAAAGCCUCAUGCUACUGAAGCCUGACACACAAUGUAAAUCCUGGGAUGGUUAAUAAUGUUGGUCCCUCAAGUGUAUGAGAAGGUAGCACCUGCAUUUUUUUUUUUUUUUUUAAACUGGCUUCCUUUGGGGGAGGGGCAGGUCUGUAUAGCCCAGGCUGGCCUGGAACUGGCAGCCUCCAGUCUUAGCUGUUCAUGUGCUAAGAUUGCAAAUGAAUGCCACCACACUGAUCUUGCCUUUUUUAUAUCAUACAAUUUCUAGCCCAGUUUUGAUACAUACUUAUAUCUAAAGCAUUUCUAAUUUUUUUAAAGAAAAUUAUUUUAAUUAUUUUAAAGAAAAAUAAGCCAAAACUAUUCCUUUGUCCUUCUGUCUUCUGAGAACUGUAAAAUGAGGGGGAUAUAAUUUUUAAUUGUUUUUUUCUCAGUUUGCUUUUUUGAGUUUUUUAAAUGUAGUAGCAAAUUGCCUUUCCUGAAUGUUUUCUGUUAGCAUUUUUCGGGGAGCUGCUUAAUGUACUCAGGCUACCUUGAGCUUCAAGAAGGAAACAGUAGCCACCUGAGAAUAAGUGCAGGCUUUUUUGCAAGCAUCUAUUGAAACAUUAUUUACAGCAGUUUCAAGUUAGAAUAGCAAGAAUGGAAGGUAGUUUGGAGCUGGAACAGAAAUCUACUUUUAAAUUCACAGGGCCUUAAGAUCUGAGCACAUUUUGCUGUUGUUCUGUUCCAGUAUGUUCCACAAGGUGGUGCUCUCAGAGAAACAUACAAAUCUGACCAGGGCUAAAGAAGAAUUUCUGAUGAGUCUUCUUUCUUUUUCUGCACAGCGUUAACUCUCACCCAGCUUGUGUUUCUCAGGAUAAUUAUUUACAGUUUUCAUCAUGUUCUGUAACUUCUACAUUUUUCUUGCUUGGUAGGCUCUGAAUGACUGUAAAUAAUGCUUGAGGAUGGCAUUUAAGUGAGUAAAGAAAGCCUCUUCAUUUAUUCAAGAAACAUUUUUGAGGUAUCAGAUUACCUCAGGUUCUAGUACAUACAGGCUUUCUUCUUAAAGGCAACCCUCAUCUGUGAGUAGGAUUUUUUUUUUAGAAAUAUAAAACUCCUUUAGGGCCACUGGUCAAAAUACCCACACACCUUAUAUGCUGCUUUCCCCUUGCCUCCCCUCCCCUAGUGGUCCUGGGACACUGAUUCAUUUUUAAAAUCAAGUGAGCAAAAUAAGUAGUACAUCAGUAAUCAAGGACAUGAAACUUUUUCUAAGGAAUUGCUAUACUGAGACAGCCUUAAAAAUAAUGAAAAAUCUGAGCGUUUUUACAUUCGUAGAAUUGCAAAUGUAGAUAAGUUAGAUGCUAAUUCUUAAAUUUUGUGUUUACAUAUUUGAACAUAAUAACUUAGGAAGGUGUCUACAUUGUCUCUAGUUUCUCCACUUUUAGAGUUUUAAGCUUUAUACAUUUUAAGUUCACAUUUCUGCCCAGAAACCUAUCCCCCUGAUCCAGUGUUUUACGAGAUGUAGAGGGAAUGUACACUGUAUUUCAGUCUCUGUAGCACAGCAUGACAGAAAGCGGUUUGUUCUUUCUGAGUGGCACACACUCAUUACACCUGCUUGACUUCCCUCCUGAGUGGCAGGCAGGCAGGCAGGCCUGGGUGAGUCACACUGAAUGGAAAUGCCACACCAGGCACUGUCAGAGCUCUGAGAAAUCACCCACCCUUUUCACCCUUUGCUCCCACCAAACGGAUUCCAGGCUAAGCCCCUGGGUGAAGGGCCCAGUUCCCACCCAGGUUUGUUAAUCUGAACGGCCCUAAAGUUCACCCCACCUGGCACAGCUCCGCGGAGCCCCGCCCCUAGCAGAGUGGCAAGGGGCGUAGCUGCCAGGCCCCGCCCAGCGGGAUGCUGCUGUCUCAGAGGCUUAGGUGGUGCUAUCUUAGGAAGCAGGACAUCCUGGAAGCAAAUGGCUGUCCUCUGAGCAUCAAUAAGUACAGUUCGCCCGCUCAGGUGUAGAGACGCAGGGUUGCUGCUCUUUGAAUCCUCCACCAGAUGUCUCACACGCUAAGCUCAGCUUUUUUUUAAGUUGUAUAGUUACAGAAUUUUUUUUUCUAUCCUUCUACAUAUAUGGUGACAAAAUAUUCCUGGGAAAGUUUUGUUUUGAAAAAUUAUCUACUUCAGUUGGCAGGAGCUCCUAAUUCUUUAGCUUCUGAUCUCUUCUUUUUUCUAUAGUAAGCAAAUUAUCUCACAGAGUAGAGGAUUUUCCUAUUUAGAGGAAGCUUUUGUGUGAACUGUUUGAUCACACAAAUAACAUCCCUUUGGACUGUCACAUGUAGGUAUUCGUAAGGGGGACACAGAGCCACAUAUGAACUGCCAAGAAUAAUGCCUAGCACUGAUCACAUACAAACCGCACAGUUACAGAAUUCCUCCCUCGGGGGUUUCUAACCAAAUUCUGUUGAUGCACAUAGGCUGAUGUUCUGCAGAUACCCUCUGUACCCCUACUUGAAGUUUUCUAAUCUUAAAUUUUAUGAAAUGCAAUACAGGUAUUAGCUAGCAAUAUUUCUGUGAUCACCAGCAUCUCUGAAUGACUGAAAUAGAUUUCAGUAAUAAUCCAUUUCUUGACAUCAUCCUCCAAUCAUGUGUCUUUUCACUCUGGUCUUGUUUGCAACAAUAUACUCAUGUAUGUUACAGUUCUCAUUUUUAUUCAUUAUUUACCUAAAAACAGUAAUAAAUAUAUUAGUACAUGGAAUUAAUAGCAUACUAGGAACAGCACUUAGCAAAUGGGGAGUUUUUGUCAAGCUCUACACCUACAUAAAUUAUUUCUAUUAUUAUUCAUGUAUAUUAUUUAUUGCUAAACCACACCAGUCCUGUGAAAGUGCAACUGAAGACAGAAGAUACUAGGACUUGGAUUUAUCAUGAUCAUGAUGUUGAUGGAGCUAAGGAAACAAAAAUUAGAGUAAACCCCCAGAUUAAGCUGCAUGCGUUUUAACAUGGUUACUAGAUUUCAGUUGUAGAGGUAGUACUUUUGGUGUCUAAAUAUCUUGUUAUGUUAAGUAAAACAAAGGACUUUGUAGUUGUUGCUUUUGACAGAGAAGCAUUUAGUAUAGUGUGAGAUUGCAGCAGAAACUAAAGGCAGGAAAGCAUGUUAGAGACUGCCCUAAUUUAGGAACUGUGCCAGGUGGCCAGCGAAAUGAACGCCAGGCAGAGAUAGGCAUCUCGGUGGUGCCUCUUGUCUGGUCCUGUGAAGAAGCGUCCCUGUUCAAUCUAGUGCUUUUUGUAGGUGUCGUGUGCAGUGAUGGGAACAGGCAAUGCUGUUGAGAAGGCAGAAAUGUGAAGUGUUCUAGAGAAACAACUGGCAUCUUAUGCCUUGAGGUUUCCAGAAAAUGUCAGAUAGAGAACUCCAGGUUUCCAGGCUUUAGGCAACUUAGCUGUAUACAGAAACAAUCCAGCUUCAUGUUAAAAAGCCAGGCUUGCAGGUACAAAGGGAUCUUAAAUAUCAGUAGUUCCCAACACCUCAAAAGCUUGUUGCAUUUCUGAUAUUUCCAGUUUGAACUGAGGGUUAAAGGGCAAGUGUUUGGUGUAGAAGAGCAGUAUGUGUCAAGAGCACAGUUUGAGUUCCCACAGAGUGUGAUUAGCAGUAGCGAUUGUUAUAGGAUUAUCAUUUCUGAGAUGUGUCAAAGCAUGUUUUUCAUAUAAGAUGUAUUAAUGUAUCUGUAUUCCCAUAGGGACUAAACUUUUUCUAGGUUUCAAUACACAGUAAGCUGCUUUUUGUUUGACUUAUUCUUAAGAUAGAAAAUGUUUUAAAGGUAAAAAGAAAUACUCAUUUGGACAUUUGACUUGUUGGUUUCUGGAUUGGAAAUCACAGUUGUAGAAUUAUAGAGGUUGUGCACAUCAGAUGUUAAUCUAGACUGUGUGAACCAGCCCAUGAUGCCCAGCAUUCCCUCACUGUAUAUCCCAUUUCUGCAUCUCUUUUUCCUCCUAAGGUGCUCCCUGCCACCACCCUGACCUGUACCUCUGGUGUUCUCCACCUCCUUCAUUAAUUUUUGAGCAUCAAGCACAUGAUGAGAAAUACUUUAAGCACCACAGUGUGCUUGCCUAGGCCUGGCCACCACCCCCACUUGGCCUUAGGCUAGCCACAGUCAUCAAGAGAUAAUUCCUGAUGCCGGGUACAGAAUGCACUCAUGACGUCAGUCAUAAAUGCCCUCUAGCAUCUCUGUGAGCAUCUUGAUCUUCAAACCAAGUCAUUCUACAGAUCAUUCAGUGUUGGCUGCGGUCCCAGAAGAAAAACAUUCCAGGCUGCUGUUUUCUAUCCAUCCAGAGGCUUUAUUUUCACUGUAUUUCUUCAUACUUGAAACUCAUUCUGCUAUUUUAAUAUCAGGGUCCAGACAUCAGGGUGCAUGUUCCCUCAAGGUGCAUAAUUACUCUCAUUCCAUUUGCUCACAUUGCUACAGAAUGCUCUGUUUUGGUGCUUUGUGGUCAGCAGGUCAGAGAAGCAGUGUGGAAAAUCACUGCCUGGAACACAGUCUUAACAUCAUGCCAACAAGAGACUUGGUGUUGAUGUUGCAUCUGCUCGUUUCUGUGCACACUAGAUUGAGUUACUAGGCUGGCCUGCCAGGUCCACCCAGGGAUCUUUCUUAGAAGGGUCUAUAAACCCUGUGCUAUACUAGAGAGGAUGUGUGGCAUAUCCUCUCUGACAUCCCUACCUAUUUGGGUUACUGGUCCUCAAAGAAAAAUGGCCUUGGGUACAGGCAGCAACAGAAUGGAAGGGCAUGUGGGCCCUCGUCACUCUAACAACUUUCCCCAUUACACAUGGAAAGCCCUCCUGGGGAAAAACACAAAAGUAUAUCUCUAAGGUUACCCUUCAUGUACCUGAGCUGAAAAUGUUCUCUCCCUUCCCUUGAAGCAGAUGAAAAUACUGGUCAGUUUAUCAGUACCCUUCCCACUUAAGAGAAUAGAAAAGCAGGAGUGUGUAUUGUGUAAAAUGUCAAUCCAAGGACCUCAACUGCUAAGAAAUACCCCAUUACUAGAAGUCUUCUUAAAAGCAGCUCAGGUAAGGGAUGACCUGGGGUUUCUGCAGGCAUCUUAAUUCUGAGACUUCUCAGAGAGAAUUACAAUGGUAAAUUGCUGCAGUGGCAAAGGAAACUGAUCAUGAAGUAUGGAGGGUCACAGAUCAAUACUCCUUUGGAAACUGGAUGUCUUACUGGGUGCUAGAAUGCAAAUUUAGGUAUUUAUUAUCAGGUAAUGGAAUUCAUUGCUUUUUCAAAAUUGGUGUUCAAAUGUAACUGUCCAUUGAAUUCACUUAUGUGCCAGCUAAAUUGAUUGAUGCAAAAACAGAAAAUGGUUUGUGCAUUUGUCAUACCUUUUGUAUUUCUUAUAAUAAAAACGUUGGUAGCAAAUAAAAACAGCAAUUUAAACUG